GAAAACGUGAUUGGCAAUAAAGCACCCGAGGCGAUGGCUCAGUAUCACAACAAACACAGGCCUACACCAGCUGCAGGAACGGCGGCGGGUUCAUACAAACUGCACCUAUCAUCAAGAAGGAACGGCGGCUGCUCUCUGCACGGUCGACAGACCAUGUUUGACCAAGAUCUUGACUAAAGGUCACCUGAGCAGUACUGUCGUCAGCUCCCAACCCUGAGCCCCUCACAGGGCACAUUUACAUGACAUCACGUGCUGUCAUCUUGAGUCGAGGAAGCAAGAAGAAAAAGAAGCACUAUAAUAAAAUGGAAGCAAUGAACUCUGCAGUGUCCAAGUUAGAUGAUGAAAGUCUGACUAUAAGCCCAGCAGCAGCUAUCAAUGAUGAUGACGAUAUUAGUGGUGCCUUAGCAUAUCUGGAUCUUGGGGAACCAGCGUAUAAUUCAAAGAGGACCAACUAUAUUUGUUGGGAAGAGUACUUCAUGGCAGUAGCAUUUUUAACUGCCAUGAGAAGCAAGGACCCUUGCUCACAAGUUGGAGCAUGUAUAGUGAAUACAGACAAGAAAAUAGUUGGUAUUGGAUAUAAUGGGAUGCCGAGGGGUUGCAGUGAUGACCUAUUACCUUGGGGCAAAGAUUCAGAAGACCCUCUUCAUACAAAAUAUAUGUAUGUUUGUCAUGCUGAGAUGAAUGCCAUCAUGAAUAAGAAUAGUUCUGACUUGUCUGGCUGCACUAUCUAUGUUGCCUUGUUUCCCUGCAAUGAAUGUGCAAAAUUAAUUAUUCAGGCCCGAAUCAGAGAAGUAGUUUUCUUCUCUGAUAAACAUGUUCAAAAGCCAGUCACCAUUGCAAGCAAGCGCUUGUUGGACAUGGCAGGGGUAAUGUACAGGCAGUUUAUACCAUCUCAAAAGGAAAUAAAGUUGGACUUGUCAAGAAAUACAGACCCAGGUGAUUGGGAAUGUCUUGAAGAUGACCAUAACGAUAACCAAAAUGAUGAGAAACUAAACAAUACCUUCCAUUCAUCAGGGGCUUCCAGAGAUAUCAACAACAAAAGAGAUGACUACUUAAAAUGGGAGGAGUAUUUCAUGGCUAUGACAGCUUUGUCUGCUCUUCGAAGUAAAGACCCAGCUACACAACUAGGAGCAUGUAUUGUGAACAAUGAAAACAAGAUUGUUGGUAUUGGUUACAAUGGUAUGCCUUGGGGUUGCAGUGAUGAUAAGUUACCAUGGGGUAAAAGCAGCACUGAUCAACUUGAAAGAAAGUAUAUGUAUGUGUGCCAUGCAGAAGUAAAUGCCAUCAUGAAUAAAAAUUGUGCUGAUGUUGGUGGAUGCACACUUUAUGUUGCCCUCUUUCCUUGCAAUGAAUGUGCUAAGGUUAUUAUUCAAGCUGGAAUCAAGAAAGUGAUAUACUACUCAGAUAAGUAUAAGGAUAAACCCACAACAGUUGCCUCCAAGAGAAUGCUGGACCUUGCAGGGAUUCUCUACUGCCAUUACAACUUGCCUCGCAGAAAAUUCAUUAUUGAUUUUGAAGCUAUUGAUUGGAACAACACAUCACAGCUUUCUCCAACUUUAUACAAUUUAUAGACAAAUUUUAAAAGAUUUGACAAGAACCAGGGUAAUUUCAAGUUGACAACAGGUAUUUGUAAACUUGAAUAGAAGUUUAACAACUUCUGUUGACAAACAGAAAUUGGAAAUGACAAACUGUGUUUUUUAAGUCAUGUAAUUACUGUGUAGCUUUAGUCUUAUAAAGUUUAACAAAUAAUUGAAUUCAUUGUUUCAUGUAAAAAAAUGAACAAUUAUUUACCAUAAAUAUCAAUUAUUUAGACUUUAUAAAGCCCUUAAUUAUGUUCAGUAGGGCACGUUUAUGACUGAGAAGAAUUGGAAAGGUAUAAUGACAAUAGGUAUGUAUUGUAGGUACUGUAUUGUAAUACACAGUUUUGUUUUAAUUUUAGGUGUUUAACAAAAAAAGGGCAGUUUACAAAAUACUUCAACUAAACCUAAUUUCCCCAUUCAUACAUACAGUACACUUAAAAUAUAGCCUAUCAAAGAAUGCAUUUCCUAGAGCAAUUACAGAUAUAUUAUUAUCUAUAUAAAGAGAAUGCUCGAAGUUGUGGGCCAGAUGCUUAGGGUUAGUCUCGCGAAACUUUGCAGCAUGACUUGUCUAUCUGGGAAUGGCCGUAAGCAGGUUUAAGUUGAGAUCCAUGGCCCCUAUUCCCCCCCCCCCCCCUCACACCUUUACAUGAAAUGGAAAAAUCAUAUUAAUUUUCCAAUCAACCUAAAUAACACAUUCCAGCCUUAAAAUUCAGCUGGCAUAUUAUUUUCUACCUGAU